AUGAAAAUAGUCAGCAUGGGACAACAGACAGUUGAAGGAGUCAGUCUGGGACAGGAGACGGGCAAAGGAGUCCGGGAGAAUCGGACGAGAAUAUCUUGCAAUUUCUAUUACACAAUAUGCGAUCGUGACAACAUACGAAGCAACGCCCUCAGACCUAGAAUACCCAUUGACGAUCUCGAUGAUGCCUUAGCAAGACGUAGGCGAGGAUAUCCUGGCUCGGGGUGUCAUCGGUAG